AUGGACAACUUCGAGUACCCGGGUGGGGAGUUCGGGCGGUUCAACCAGGAGUUCGGGUCGCCAGAGGAGAUGCUGAACAACGGGCACGGGGAACUGCGGUCGGACAAUGGGGAGGCGACGGGCAACAGCAAGUCGCCGGGUCAUGGGGAGCUUGCGGAGGCGGCGGACGGCGGCAAGCCGAAGUCCAAGCGCACUCGCGCGACAGGAGAGGCCCUGGAGCUGCUGAAGAAGGAGUUCGACAUCAACCCGAACCCGAAUGCGCAGAAUCGGAAGCGCAUCUCAGAGCAGACGGGGCUGCCGGAGAAAAACGUGCGGAUCUGGUUCCAGAACCGGCGUGCAAAGUACCGCAAGAGCGACCGCACUUUCAACCAGCGCACGGCAGCCACGGACAUGAACACGUUUGGCUCGAUCUCUGUGACGGUGGAGUACGACAAGAUCCCACUGAACAUCAACGACAACUACUAUUUCAUAGACGCCAACUCUCUGACGGUGGGGAGCUGGAAGAGACUGAAAAGUGGGAACCUGCACCGCGAGAGCCUGUCGAACAUCAAGUAUCUCUCGAAUCUCUCACCGACGUCGAUCAACAUGAUCAUGUCUAACGCCACCGAUCUGAUGGUGCUGAUCUCCAAGAAGAACUUUGAGGUAAACUACUUUUUCUCGGCCAUUGCCAAUAACACGAAGAUUCUAUUCAGGAUCUUCUUCCCAAUCAACUCCGUACUGAACUGCUCGCUGCUACUUCAUGCAGAAGGUGGUAAAAAGGACGAGGAUGAUGCGAAUAAUGUAGUGCAGGAAACUACGGCACCUGCUGCGGAGCAGGUCUGCGAACUGAAGCUGAACGUCUCCAAGCCGCCGAACUUUGCGGUGUAUUUUUCGGACAUGAACGACGAGCUGACUUCUAAUCAGUGGUCGAUCUGCGAAGAUUUUUCCGAGGGUCGUCAGGUCAGCGAUGCAUAUGUGGGUGGCUCCAACUUUCCCCAUGUGCUAACUGGCCUUGAGGCGUCGCUGAAGUUUAUGAGUUCGCUGAUCCUUGAUUACAACAGCACGACACAUGUAGUCCCCCAUGCUCAACCUCAACCUCAUCCUCAUUCUCAUCCGCACCACAGCAGUGAUCCAGCACAGGCGAUCGUCCUACAGCCAGAGCCCCACUCCCUGGCACAAUCUGCAUUUUUUAGAAAUUACGGACCGCAUUCUACAGACGACAUACUCGAUAUACAGGAUCCGGAUCAGUAUGAGACUGCCCAGACCACGAACACCGAGUUUCCAAGUACUUCGACCGCAGCAGGUUCGCAUUUCCUCACUGCGCACCUUGCUGACACACAGAUACCCAAAACACCCGAAUUUUUAAACCAACAUACUGAUUUGCAUAAUGAUGAUCAACACGGAUUGAACAAUCUGUUAAAUUUCAACGAUCAACCACAUACAAGCAACGCCGAACAAUAUUACUGA